CACAAAAAGCACAUUUAUGCAUUUUAGCAUUACAAUGGCAAAAUGCAAUAUCAUUAAACAUGCUCUAACUCAAACAGACUACUCCAUCCAUUGUCAAUUAAUUCUGGAUUGAAGCCGUAUUUAAACCUGGCCAAUUAGGCUUGGGCAAGAUGGGUCGGACACUCUCUACAUGGUGGUAUUAGAGCUUUGGGAUAGACUUGAGUAGGAGAUGAAUGAUAUGCCUAAUAGCUUAAAGCCAAGUUAUAAUAUGGAGUGUCAAAGUCACGGACAAUUUUAGCACGUGAAGAGUGUUAAAUUGUCACUACUCUAUCCUAAUAUGCAUGAACUUGAAGUGGGUGAUCUUCGGGUUUAGAUGGAAUAGUGGGGGGACCAUCUUUCAUUUUAUUCUUGUCUCUUCAAAAUAUUUAGGAAAAGACCGAAAAAGAGGGUGUUGUUCUCUCGGUGAAAGCAGAGGCUGUGUGUGUUUUGCUUUGCAAUCUCUUGUUCAUCAAUAAAAUUGUCCCUCCUUUGCUAGCCCUGUGGAUGUUGAUUGUUUAUAACCGAACUGCGUGUUAAAUAUUUUGUGUUCUUUGUCUAUCUUUCUCAUCCCAUCUGGUUUUCUGGUAUUGUUUCUAUUUAGUUUCUGUUUAUAUAUUUGAUGCUUUGCUUGCUGGUUAAUUUUAGUUUUGACUAAAGCUAGAAACAUUAUUCCUUGAUGUUGGCUAUCACAAUCGAGUAUUAGAUCAAAUAUCUGAUCAGUUUUCAUCAUCAAAGAAAGAGAGAGAGGAGGAAGAAUAAGCAGAAGAAGCAGAAGCAGAAGCAGAUAAUGGUGUACAAAGCAGUUGGUUUGGAGUUUAUGAGGGAAUAUAAUAGGAUAAGUUUGGUCAGGGCUGGUGUUCUGUUUUUGGUUGUGCUACUGGCUUGUUUGGUGCUAUACAAUAAUCCACUACCCAAAUCUUAUGUGUUUUACCAAGACAAAAACACCAUUGGCAAUGCAUUUGAGGUCAUCAUCAUCAACAAGAAUCCAUUAGACACAAUCCUUGAAAAUUCAUCAAUGGAGGACAAAACAGUGAUCAUAACAAACCUAAACGAUGCAUGGGCAGAGCCAAAUUCGAUAUUCGAUCUCUUUCUCGAGAGUUUUCGUAUUGGAAAUGACACAGAGAGGCUGUUGAAUCAUUUAAUGGUAAUCUGUUUGGAUGAAAUGGCUUACAAUCGUUGCUUGGCUUUACAUCCUCAUUGCUAUCGUCUUCAUAUCGAAGGAUUCAACUUUACUACUAGCAAUGCAUUUUUUAUGUCCCCAGCCUACUUAGAAAUUGUUUGGAGGAAGAUUGAGUUUUUGGCUACUGUCCUUGAAAAGGGAUACAACUUUGUAUUUUCGGAUACUGAUGUAAUGUGGCUACGAGAUCCAUUUCCACGGUUUUAUCCAGACGCAGAUAUCCAAGUUUCAUGUGAUUCCUACUUUGGAGAUUCAACAAAUGUACAUAAUCUAGCAAACACAGGGUUUAGUUAUGUAAAAUCGAAUAACCGAACGAUUCAAUUUUACAAGUUUUGGAAUGAAUCCAGAGAGAGAUUUCCAACCCUUCAUGAUCAACGUGUGUUUGAUAAGAUAAAAUAUGAUCCCUUCAUCAGAAAGAGUAUUGGACUGAAAAUGAGAUUUCAUGAUACUGAUAUUUUUGGUGGGUUUUGUAAUCCCAGUAAAGAUUUAAACUUGGUUUGUACAAUGCAUGCAAAUUGUUGUCUUGGUCUGCGAAACAAAGUUCGUGAUCUUCACAUUUUGCUUGAGGAUUGGAGGAAAUUUAAGUUAAUGGAUCCAAUUUUGCAACCUAAUGCUUCAUGGAGUGUUCCACAACAUUGCAGAAUUCCGAGACGUAGCAAUCCAGGAAAGAAGAAUUCUCAAACUUAGAGAGAGGAAAGUAAUUACAGGAGCUGAUGAUUGGCAAAGUGCAAGGCUUUAGACUAUAGUAAUACAUACAUACCUGACAUUGAAUAUUGAUAUAUCUUCGUUCGUUUUGGAUGAGUAACUGUGUAUAAUUACACUCCAAUCUAUUGAUUGACCUAUGAAUUAUAUA